CGUCCAGCAGCUGAUCGGUAAUCCAGAAGAAGUUUCCCCUCAGUUAGGGGGGAGCUCCACUUUGAAGCAGGAGACUCCACAACCACCCUGCAUUAAAAAGGAAGAGGAGGAACUAUGCAUCACUCAGGAGGGAGAGUGUCUUCUAGGACGAGAGGAAGCUGAUUACACCAAGUUUCCACUGAGUAUUCUCUCUGUGAAGACUGAAGAUGAUGAAGAGAAACCACAAGUUGACAACCUCUCAGCUCCACUAUCAGAUAGUGAGGCUGAAGACGAGGUUGAAGAACCUUUGAGCAGCGAUAAAGACUGUGAAGGUGAUAUGAGGACUCACACUGACAACAAACACUCUGAAUGCUCUACAAAGAAGAGAGGUAAAACAUGUUUGAGCUGCUCAGUUUGUGCUGAAAGUUUUACUAAAAAGAGCCGUUUUAUUGAACACAUGAAAACACACACAGGUAAAAAAACAUUUAACUGUUCGAUUUGUGAUAAAAACUAUUCUUUCCAGAGCAUUUUCACUAAACACAUGAAAUCACACACAGGUGAAAAACCAUUUAGUUGUUCAGUUUGUGGCAAAAGCUUUUCUCGAAAUAGCCAUUUGACUCACCACAUGAGAACACACACAGGUGAAAAACCAUUUAGUUGUUCAAUUUGUGGCUACAGCUUUUCUCAAAAUAGCCAUUUGACUCAACACAUGAGAACACAUACAGGUGAAAAACCAUUUAAUUGUUCAGUUUGUGGCUACAGCUGUUCUAAAAAUAGCCAUUUGACUCAACACAUGAGAACACACACAGGUGAAAAACCAUUUAGUUGUUCAAUUUGUGGCCACAGCUUUUCUCAAAAUAGCCAUUUGACUCAACACAUGAGAACACACACAGGUGAAAAACCAUUUAAUUGUUCAGUUUGUGGCUACAGCUUUUCUCAAAAUAUCAAUUUGACUCAACACAUGAGAACACACACAGGUGAAAAAACAUUUAAUUGUUCAGUUUGUGGCUACAGCUUUUCUCAAAAUACCCAUUUGACUCAACACAUGAGAACACACACAGGUAAAAAACCAUUUAGUUGUUCAGUUUGUGGCAAAAGCUUUUCUGUUAUGUGCAAUUUGACUCAACACAUGAGAACACACACAGGUGAAAAACCAUUUAAUUGUUCAGUUUGUGGCUACAGCUUUUCUCAAAAUACCCAUUUGACUCAACACAUGAGAACACACACAGGUGAAAAACCAUUUAAUUGUUCAGUUUGUGGCUACAGCUUUUCUCAAAAUACCCAUUUGACUCAACACAUGAGAACACACACAGGUAAAAAACCAUUUACCGUAUUUUCCGCACUAUAAGGCGCACCGGAUUAUUAGCCGCACCUUCUAUGAAUUACAUAUUUCAUAAUUUUGUCCACCAAUAAGCCGCCCCGGACUAUAAGCCGCGCCUACGCUGCGCUAAAGUGAAUGUCAAAAAAACAGUCAGAUAGGUCAGUCAAACUUUAAUAAUAUAUUAAAAACCAGCGUUCUAACAACUCUGUUCACUCCCAAAAUGUACGCAAAUGUGCAAUCACAAACAUAGUAAAAUUCAAAAUAGUGCAGCGCAAUAGCAACAUAAUGUUGCUCGAACGUUAAUGUCACAACACACAAAAUAAACAUAGCGCUUACUUUCUGAAGUUAUUCUUCAUUCGUAAAUCCUUCGUCUUCGGUGUCCGAAGUGAAAAGUUGGGCAAAUUUACGAUCCACUGGCAGAUGUUGGCGUCGUCUGGCGCUGCCUACUCGUCUUAGUGAAGGUGUGUUCGCCUUCUGUCUUCCAUUGUUCCCACGCAGUUAGCAGUCUAGCUUCGAAUGCCCUGUUGACACCAAUAUCUAGCGGCUGGAGGUCUUUUGUCAAUCCACCCGGAAUGACGGCGAGUAUUGAAUUACCCGGUA